UUGAAUUGAGCCCCAUGGGCAGCCAAGACAACAGGCUCCUUUUGUGGUGAGUGGGCUGGAUGACUGAUGCCAGCAGUGGAGGAGAGCGAAGCACAAACACAUCACCCACCCUAGAUGAGUCAGACCCUGAAUUAUAUUAUGAGGAAGAUGAAGAAGAGGAUGAAGAGAGUGAGAGUGAUGAUGAUGCAGAAAUCAGGAGCAUCCUGUCUGAAGACUCUGUCUACCCUUUCUAUGAGCCAGAACCAUCUGAUAAGGAUACUGACACAGUCACAGUCUACUGUUGCUGUGUCAAGAACGACGCCAGGCUUCUUCAGGAGAGACUGGACGGCAGGGUAACUCGGGAAGAAGUCAUGGAACUGGACAUCAAUGGACGGAAUGGCCUAAUGGUGGCAUGCUACAAAGGCUUCAUAGACAUUGUCACCAUUCUCAGUAAAUGCUCCUACAUAAAUGUCAACCAUCAGGAUAAUGAUGGAAACACGGCACUCAUGAUAGCCGCUCAGGCAGGAUUCACCAUUAUUGUUAACUAUCUUCUGAACUACUACCCUGCAUUAGAAAUUGAAAAGCGGGAUGUCCGGGGUCUGACUGCGCUCAUGAAGGCUGCAAUGCAAGGGCGGAAUGACUGUGUCUCAGCCUUGCUCUUGGCCGGUGCUGACCUGACAGCUGUGGACCCACUGAAAAACAAGACAGCACGGGAAUGGGCAGCCUUCACUGGGCGUUUUGAAACCAUUGUGCGGAUCCGAUCUCUUCUGCAGCGUCCAUGUGCCGAGCAAUUCAGUAACAAGUACUUGCCUGAAUGGCCUGCACUGUCUGAGCUGGUGGCACAAGCACUGCAGCAAUCCAGGGCCGAGUGCCUGUCGGAGAAAAUCAUUGCCAUGUUCACUAUCACAAUUCCACGUGAUCCUGAGCCAGAUGGUGUGAUGGAUCACAUGGUACGCAUGACCACUUGCUUGGCCAGUCCCUUUGUGGCCACUGCUUGCCAAACCAUCUGUCCUGACAGUCCUCCAGAAGUGGGCAAGCAGAGACGCUCAGUGCCAGAGAUCCUCAAAGAGUACACACCAGACCCUGAUGCCAAAUCCAUGGCUGGCGAAUCCUCUUGCAACAGCCAACUCAUGACGCCAACCUGCGUUUUGGUGCCGUACAAACCCCACAGUAUCAUUGUGAAAUUCCUAUCCCUUCCUUUACGCUUGCAUCGCAACAUUAUUUACCCUGCUGGGAUCCCAAAAAUCAAACUCACCAAGUCGCCUGCCCAAACAGCAGAGAAGCUGCCAAAGCCCUCCACAUCCUCCCAGAACACCCUGAACUUGCCUCGGUGGCGAUACCAGGAACUCCGGGAAGAGAAGAAGAAAGCUGAAGAGGCAGCAGGGACGCCCAAGAAAACGGUCACAAGGAAGAGGAGGAAGGAGAAACCUUAA